CUCCGUUCGUGAUGGCAAUUCGGUCUUUCGGUAUAAAAUAAGACAAAUGAAAAUUUCAUAUGAUUUUCUUGAGACAUUGUACAGGGAACGAAAUAUUAAAAAAAAAUCGUAAACGAAAUGAGUUUAAGGAUAUAGGCGAAAGAACAUGUUUAAUUGUGCGUUGAGAUGUUAAUACGUGUUAUACGGGUUGAAAUUUUUGAAUAUUAUAUUCGAACAUAAACAAAACAAAAAAAAGUUCUUGUCCUACGGCUGUCUUAGCAAGACUGAAAACAGUAAAAAAAUUAUUUGAAAACGAGAAAUAUUUCGAAGAAAACAUAUAAAUCCGCGCCGGAAAAAUUUGUUAGUUUUUUUUUUCGUCAUUCGUAAAUUUAUGCAGUUUUUGAACAUUUUUGUGGAAAUUUAUCAUUUUUUGGAAAAGUAACGAAAAAAAAGCGGAAAAUGAUUGAUGUUGUUUGGUAGCGUUUAAAAUUGCUGAAUAAUUAGUAAGUCAAAGUAGCUGAUAACGAGUGUUCCAGCAGAAUCACUGGCGACGACCAUGUGGAAUAUGUGUUUUUGUUUUUGAAUCGCAUUGCAUAAGAAAUUUAAAAUCUACAACCUAAAAUGUGGUAUCAAAAUGUGUCACCAUGUAAACCGAAGCAAUGAAAAAAUGAAAUAAAAUUUUGGAAGACGGAGAAUGUGAUAAAUCUCUCUGGUUGGAGAAUAAAAUGAUUCAAAUGUUUUGAAGUGGUGUUUUGUUAUUUGCGUUCAUUUGCCCUUUUUUUAUUACAUUUCUGAAUAAGUUGAAAGCAAAAUUUGAAGAAAAAAAUAAAAAAAAUUUAAAUGUAUGAGUGCAAUAUGAAUUCAUACGAAUAUGAUACGACGAUGGAAUGUCGUGAUAAUGGAGUACUAUGUGGAGUUGUUCGAGGAAGAGGCUGUCUCCUUGACGGAGUCCCGCCUUCGGCACCACCAGAUGUACCUCCGCGAAAUCCAACAAUGAGUCGCAUGAAUGGAAGAUUAACCGGUAACCCUUCCGAUUUGGGUGCCGAUUUCGAACCGUCUUGCUUAGUUCGUACUCCAUCAGGAAACGUAUACAUUCCAAGUGGAAAUUUAAAUAUAAACAAAGGAUCACCGAUCGACUACAAAAGUGGAUCGGCCUGUUCGACGCCCACGAAAGACACACUAAAAAGUUACGAUAGAAAUUAUACGGGACCGGUGCUACCGCCACGCAGUGCAAUGUGUGGAGCACCAUCCCAUUAUUCAGCGCCGCUGAACUUCCGGAAAGGGUUAGCCGCAAAAUGUACAUGGAAAUGCACGGCCAUUGUAGUAAUCCUGCUGAGCGUGGUGCUGUUGUCUGUGCUUAUCUUUGUUGCAGGCUCCAACGUCCUCCGAUUUUCAUACGAAUCAAACCCAUGCAAUGUUCUAGUCGAUGAAGGCUCUGAAAUAUCAGCCGCUAAAAGUACCAUAGCCGAAACGGAUAAAUCAGCAUCAAUACGACCGAAACCAGCUGCAACAUCAUCAACGUCCGCUUCCCAAUCAUCGCCAUCGUCCUCGUCGACACUGUCAACGACCAGUCAAUCCACUGGAGGAGCUCGAACAUUCCCAGCACGUAGUUUUCCACCAGAUGGAACAACAUUUCAGCAAAUCGCAUUGGGUCAAAAGAAACUGUCAAAGCAAAUACCACCCUACAGUUACUGGAACAUACAGUUUUAUCAAUCGGAACCAGCUUAUGUGAAAUUUGACUAUAAUAUCCCGAGGGGAGCAUCGAUUGGUGUGUAUGCCAGACGAAAUGCACUGCCCACCCAUACCCAGUACCAUUUCAAAGAGGUUUUAAGUGGUUUCAAUGCGAGACCGACCAGAUCAUCGACACAUCAACCAUCGGUUAGUCGAGAAGUGACCAGAUACAUGGAACCAGGACAUUGGUUUGUUUCAUUGUACAACGAUGAUGGUGAUGAACAAGAGGUCACUUUUUAUGCAUCUGUUGCUGCUGAUAUGACACAAAAUUGUCCGAACGGUUGUUCGGGUAACGGUCAAUGUUUGUUGGGACAUUGUCAGUGCAAUCCGGGAUUCGGUGGAGAUGAUUGCAGUGAAAGUGUUUGUCCUGUUCUCUGUUCGCAACACGGCGAGUACAUAAAUGGUGAAUGUCAAUGCAAUCCCGGCUGGAAGGGGAAAGAGUGCUCAUUACGACAUGACGAAUGUGAAGUACCAGACUGCAACGGUCACGGUCACUGCGUUAGUGGAAAAUGUCAAUGUGUACGGGGAUAUAAGGGAAAAUUCUGUGAAGAAGUUGAUUGUCCACACCCCACUUGUUCUGGUCACGGUUUCUGUGCCGAUGGUGCAUGCAUAUGCAAGAAAGGCUGGAAGGGAUUAGACUGCGCUACAAUGGACCAAGAUGCAUUACAAUGUUUACCAGACUGUACCGGUCAUGGUACAUUCGAUUUGGAUACCCAAACUUGUAAUUGCGAGCCGAAAUGGAGCGGUGAUGAUUGUUCGAAAGAAUUAUGCGAUCUCGAUUGCGGGCAACAUGGUCGAUGUGUAGGCGAAUCGUGUCAGUGUGAUGUUGGAUGGGGUGGCGAAUAUUGCAACACAAAACUAUGUGACACCCGGUGCAAUGAACAUGGACAGUGUAAGAAUGGUACAUGUCUGUGUGUCACCGGCUGGAAUGGAAAACAUUGUACGAUGGAAGGUUGUCCAUCGGGAUGUUCGAAUCAUGGCCAAUGCCGUGUUAGCGGUGACGGAUUGUGGGAAUGUAGAUGUUAUGAUGGUUGGGACGGCACGGACUGUGCCGUGGCAUUGGAACAGAAUUGUGGUGAUAAUAAAGAUAAUGACAAAGACGGGUUAGUCGAUUGUGAGGACCCGGAAUGUUGUCUGAACCAUGUAUGCCGUACCAGCCAAUUGUGUGUAAGUGCACCGAAGCCCAUUGAUGUGCUGCUGCGAAAACAACCACCUGCAAUAACCGCUUCGUUCUUUGAACGAAUGAAAUUCCUGAUUGACGAAGGAAGUCUGCAGAAUUACGCAAAAUUGGAAACGUUUAAUGAGAGCGUAUUUUGGAAUUAUUUCAAUGCAAGCCGGUCGGCAGUGAUCCGCGGUCGUGUCGUUACCACACUCAACAUGGGCCUGGUCGGAGUUCGCGUUUCCACAACGACACCAUUGGAAGGCUUUACAAUAACACGUGACGACGGAUGGUUCGAUCUUAUGGUCAACGGUGGUGGCGCGGUCACAUUACAAUUCGGUCGUUCACCAUUUCGACCACAGUCGAUCAUCGUUCAAGUACCGUGGAACGAGGUUGUUAUCAUCGACACUGUAAUUAUGUCCUCGUCGGAAGAUAAAUCGUUGGCAUUGGCACCGCAUACAUGUUUCUCGCACGAUUACGAUUUGAUGAAACCGGUUGUGUUGGCUUCGUGGAAACAUGGCUUCCAAGGUGCCUGUCCAGAUCGUAGUGCCAUUUUGGCGGAAUCACAAGUCGUUCAAGAAUCACUUCAGAUACCUGGCACUGGUCUCAACUUGGUAUAUCAUAGUUCGCGGGCAGCUGGUUAUUUGUCCACAAUUAAGUUACAAUUAACACCGGAAGUGGUUCCUCUAUCUCUGGCAUUGAUUCACUUGCGAAUUACGAUUGAAGGCAUUCUUUUCGAGCGAACAUUUGAAGCAGAUCCGGGUAUUAAGUUCACUUAUGCUUGGAAUCGCUUGAACAUCUACCGUCAAAGGGUAUACGGAGUAACCACGGCUGUUGUAAAAGUUGGUUACCAAUACAGCGACUGCAAGGACAUUAUUUGGGAUGUACAAACCACGAAACUAAGUGGACACGACAUGACUAUAUCUGAAGUGGGCGGUUGGAAUCUGGAUGUUCAUCAUCGCUACAAUUUCCACGAAGGAAUUCUUCAGAAAGGCGAUGGAUCCAACAUCUAUCUGAAGCACAAGCCACGAGUUAUUUUAACAACAAUGGGUGAUGGUCAUCAACGUCCACUUGAAUGUACCGAUUGCGAUGGAAUCGCGGCUAAACAAAGACUGCUUGCUCCAGUUGCACUCGCUGCUGGUCCCGAUGGUAGUUUAUAUGUUGGAGACUUCAAUUACAUCCGUCGUAUUAUGACUGACGGCACCGUUAAGACUGUUGUUAUGUUGAAUGCGACACGAGUAUCUUACCGUUAUCACAUGGCACUAAGUCCACUGGAUGGAACUAUCUACAUCUCCGAUCCGGAAUCCCAUCAAAUUAUCAAGGUGAAGAAUCAUAACGACUUCUCUGAUCCGGAACGGAACUGGGAACCAAUUGUUGGCUCCGGUGAACGUUGCUUGCCAGGUGAUGAAGCUCAUUGUGGUGACGGAGCGUUGGCUAGGGAUGCCAAACUAGCAUAUCCAAAAGGCAUUGCUGUCUCAUCCGAUAACACAUUAUACUUCGCUGACGGUACAAACAUUCGAAUGGUCGAUCGUGACGGCAUUGUUACGACAUUGAUUGGCAAUCACAUGCACAAAUCACAUUGGAAACCAGUUCCAUGUGAGGGAACGUUGAAGCUCGAAGAAAUGCACCUACGUUGGCCAACCGAAUUGGCUGUUAAUCCACUGGACGAUACCCUGCACAUCAUUGACGAUCAUAUGAUAUUGCGAAUGGCACCCGAUGGCAGAGUUCGUGUUAUCGCUGGCCGUCCGUUGCAUUGUGCCACAGCUAGUACAAGUUAUGAUAGUGACUUAGCAGCUCAUGCCACACUUGUUCGACCUCAGAGCAUUAGUUUCGGUCCGAUGGGUGACUUAUACGUUGCUGAAAGUGAUUCGCAGCGAAUCAAUCGCAUUCGAGUUAUUGGAACCGAUGGAAAAGUGACGUCGUUUGCUGGUGCCGAAUCGAAAUGUAAUUGCCUGGAAAGAGGUUGUGACUGCUACGAAGCAGAUCAUUAUCUGGCAAUCAGCGCCAAGUUUAACACGAUAUCAGCAUUGGCUGUAACACCAGAUGGACAUGUACACAUUGCUGAUCAAGCCAACUACCGCAUCCGUAGUGUAAUGUCAAGCAUACCAGAAGCGUCUUUGUCUCGUGAAUACGAAAUCUUCGCUCCAGAUAGUCAAGAGAUCUACGUGUUCAACCGAUUCGGUCAGCAUAUUGCCACCAAGAACAUCAUGACUGGCGAAACGAGCUACUUGUUCACCUACAAUGUGAACACAUCGAAUGGUAAAUUGAGUACCGUAACCGAUGCUGCCGGCAACAAAGUAUUCCUGUUGAGAGACUACACAUCGCAGGUGAAUUCGAUUGAAAAUACGAAAGGACAAAAGUGUAAACUGCGUAUGACCCGGAUGAAAAUGCUCCACGAGCUCAGCACACCGGACAAUUACAAUGUUACGUUCGAAUAUCACGGACCAACCGGAUUGUUGAAAACCAAAUUGGACUCAACCGGUAGAUCUUAUGUGUACAAUUACGACGAAUUUGGUCGUCUUACAUCGGCAGUGACUCCAACCGGUCGCGUCAUCGAUUUAUCCUUCGAUCUGAGCGUAAAGGGUGCAAUGAUCAAAGUGACUGAGAAUUCGCAGAAGGAAAUUUCGAUGUUGAUCCAAGGAUCGAGUGUCGUGGUUCGCAAUGGUCAAGCUGAAACCAGAACUACCGUACAAGCCGACGGUGGCACUACUAGUGUUACGCCAUGGGGUCAUUCUGUCGGUAUGGAAGCGAUCCCCUACAGUUUGCUGUCGGAAAUCGAUCCAUUACUCGGAGAAAGUUAUCCGGUUCCUGCUAAGCAACGCGUUGAAAUUGGCGGUGACCUGGCCAAUCGUUUCGAAUGGAGAUACUUCUUGCGACGACAGCAACAAGGAAAAGGUAAAGGUCAACGACCGGUCACAUCGGUCGGCCGUAAAUUGCGUAUCAACGGUGAAAAUGUGCUGACAUUGGAAUAUGAACGUGAGACUCAAUCGGUGGUCAUAUUUGUGGAAGAGAAAGUUGAACUUCUCAAUGUCACAUACGACCGAACUGCCCGGCCGGUAUCGUUUAAGCCUCAAUCCGGUGAAUAUGCUGAGGUCGAUUUGGAAUACGAUCGUUUCGGUCGACUGACAUCGUGGAAAUGGGGAACACUCAAAGAAGACUACACCUUCGAUCGCAGUGGUCGUUUGAACGAGAUCAAAUAUGGUGAUGGCUCGUCCAUCGUUUAUUCGUUCAAGGACAGUGUGACCAGUUUGCCAUUGAAGGUGACCACACCACGACGAAGCGAUUACUUGCUGCAGUAUGAUGAUGCUGGUGCUUUGCAGUCGCUAACCACGCCACGAGGACACAUUCACUCGUUCUCGUUGCAAACGUCGCUCGGUUUCUUCAAGUACCAAUACUUCUCACCGAUCAAUCGCCAUCCAUUCGAAAUACUGUACAACGAUGAAGGACAAAUUCUCGCUAAGAUCCAUCCACAUCAAUCCGGUAAGGUGGCCUAUGUGUAUGAUGCAGCUGGUCGCCUGGAAACCAUUUUGGCUGGACUAUCAUCAACGCAUUACACGUACCAGGAAAGCACCAGUUUGAUAAAGGCAGUCGAAGUUAUGGAACCCGGUUUCGAGCUACGACGUGAAUUCAAGUAUCAUGCGGGAAUAUUGAAGGAUGAAAAGCUCAAGUUCGGAUCGAAGAGCUCUCUGGCAUCGGCACAAUUCAAAUACCAGUACGAUGGCAACGCUCGUUUGAAUGGCAUCGAAAUGGACAUUGACGAAAAGGAUUUGCCCAUAUUGCGGUACAAGUACAGCCAGAACUUGGGCGUACUGGAAGGAGUCAGCGAUUUGAAAAUAAUGCGAAACGCUGCCAAUCGAACCGUUGUUCAGGACGCAUCGAAGCAAUUUUUCGCCAUUUCCGAUUUUGAUGAGCACGGUCGCGUCAAAAGUGUUCUGAUCAACAUCAAGACGAUGGACGUGUUCCGGUUGGAAUUGGAUUACGAUUUGAGGAAUCGCAUCAAAACCUACAAAACGACCAUUGGACGGCAAACGUCCGUUGAUAAAGUCAAUUACAAUGCGGAUGGACAUGUAAUGGAAGUGGUCGGAACGAACAAUUGGAAAUACGUUCCCGAUGAGAAUGGCAACAUUGUGGGAAUCCUUGCUCACGGCGACAAGACCAAUUUGGGAUACGACACCGGUGACCGGGUCAUUCACAUUGGUGAUGUUGAGUUCAACAGUUAUGAUGCUCGCGGUUAUGUGGUACGACGAGGUGAACAGAAGUACCGUUACAACAAUCGCAGACAACUGAUUCACGCCUUCGAACGGGACAAAUUCCAAACGUGGUAUUUCUAUGACGAUCGAGCCCGUUUGGUGGCAUGGUAUGAUGAGAAAGGCAACGUAACACAGUACUACUAUGCCAAUCCAAUGACACCGGAUUUAGUGUCACACGUUCACUUCCCGAAAAUCGGUCGAACUUAUCGCUUCCUGUACGACGAAAGAGAUUUGCUGGUGGCAAUCGAAACGGCCGAUCAACGGUUCUAUGUUGCUACCGAUCAGAAUGGUUCACCGUUGGCGUUCUUCGAUGUCAGCGGAAAUAUCGUGAAAGAAGUGAGACGUACACCGUUCGGCCGGAUCAUAAAGGACACGAAUCCCGAUUUCUUCAUUCCGAUUGACUUCCAUGGCGGUAUUUUGGAUCCUCACACUCAAUUGAUUUACACUGAGAAACGCCUGUAUGACGCAACUGUUGGACAGUGGAUGACGCCGUUGUGGGAACCAUUGAUGGCAAUGAACUUCCCUACCGACGUAUUCAUUUAUCGAUUCCACAAUAAUGAUCCAAUCAACAACAAGGGUGCCAUGAGAUACAUGACCGAUCUGGAUUCCUGGUUGAAACUGUUCGGCUAUGAUUUGAAGAAAAUGCAAGGCUCCAAGUACACCAAAGACCGAGUUUACGUUCCGCAAGCAACAAUCAUUUCGUCAUUGUUAGCACCAGAUUUCGGUGUAAUGUCCGGACUGCAAUGUAUCGUUGAAAAGAUUGACGAGAAAUUCUCGGACUUCGGAUUCGUACCGAAACCGCUGUUGAAAAUGGAACCGAAAACCCGAAACUUACUGCCCCGAGUUGCAUAUCGUCGAGGUGUUUUCGGAGAGGGUGUGCUAAUAUCUCGCAUCAGUGGCCGAGCACUGGUCAGUGUUGUGGACGGAUCGAACAGCGUUGUGCAAGACGUAGUAUCGUCGGUGUUCAACAAUUCAUUCUUCCUAGACUUGCAUUUCAGCAUCCAUGACCAGGACGUCUUCUACUUUGUCAAAGACAACGUACUGAAACUGCGCGACGACACAGAGGAACUGAAACGUUUGGGCGGAAUGUUUAACAUCUCCACCCACGAAAUUGCCGACCAUGGUGCCAGCGGCGGCAAAGAAUUACGAUUACACGGUCCAGACGCUGUGGUCAUAGUGAAAUAUGGUGUCGAUCCGGAUCAGGAACGGCAUCGCAUACUGAAGCAUGCGCAUAAGCGCGCCGUCGAACGGGCAUGGGAAUUGGAGAAGCAAUUGGUCGGUGCCGGUUUUCAGGGUCGUGGCGAUUGGUCGGAAGAGGAGAAAGAGGAGCUGAUAUCGCACGGCGAUGUGGACGGUUGGAUCGGCAUCGAUAUCCAUAGCAUACACAAAUAUCCACAGUUGGCCGACGAUCCGGGCAAUGUGGCAUUUCAGAGGGAUUCGAAACGUAAGCGACGGAAGAGCGGUGGUGUUCAUCGAACGCAUCGGCAUCAGUCGUGAAAAUUAGAGUUUUAUUGAAGGUAAAAACGUUUUUGUGAACAAAAAUUUAAUUGCACAUGAUGGAGGAGGAGGAGGGGAUAUUAUAAACUAAACAGAAGAAAAUUAAAAUUAAAGAGAAAUUAAGUUAAUAAAUGGAAUUGUGAUAAAGUAAUCGGACUAUAUUGUAUAUUUUAAUAGAAAUUAUUAUAAAUAAAUUAAAUUAAAAAAAAUUAAAUUAAAAACAAAAAAAAAUUGAAAUCAUGCAAAAUGAGAGAGCAAGAGUCUCACCUAGAAUUAUGUGAAAAGUAUGUGGACGAUAAACGAAUAAUGUUUCAUUGGAAAUUAAAGUUUAACAGUAAAAAAUGAGCAUCAAAAUCAAUAGUGUACAUUAAACAAUCUCAGACAUUACAACCACAAGACAUUUAAAAAUUGAAAAAAAUUUGAAAAAAAAUAUUUUUAUAAAAAAUAAUUCCAUUUUGUGGUUUCUUGUGAACAAACUGACAAAACAACAAACAAA